CAGUCGUCACUGAGCGAGAGGUGAAAUGGCGCAGAAAGGAGUUCAGCUGGACCGGGAAACCUUCUCUUGUUCCAUCUGUCUGGAUCUACUGAAGGAUCCGGUGGCUAUUCCCUGUGGACACAGCUACUGCAUGAACUGUAUUAAAGGCUUCUGGGAUGAAGGGGAUGAGAAGGAAAUGUACAGCUGCCCUCUGUGCAGGCAGAGCUUCACACCGAGGCCUGUACUGCUGAAAAACACCAUGUUAGCAGCUUUAGUGGAGGAGCUGAAGAAGACUGGACUCCAAGCUGCUCCUGCUGAUCACUGCUAUGCUGAAGCGGAAGAUGUGGCCUGUGAUGUCUGCACUGGGAAAAAACUCAAAGCACACAAGUCCUGUCUGCAAUGUCUGAUCUCUUAUUGUGAGAAACACAUUCAACUUCAUUUCGAAUCCCCUGCUUUUGAGAAACACAAGCUGGUGGAGCCGUCCAAGAAGCUCCAGGAGAACGUCUGCUCUCGUCACGAUGAGGUAAUGAAGCUUUUCUGCCGUACUGAUCAGCAGUGUAUCUGUUAUCUCUGCUCUGUGGAGGUACAUAAAGGCCACGACACAGUCUCGGCUGCAGCAGAAAGGACUGAGAGGCAGAAAAAGCUUGAGUGGAGUAGCCAGACCAUCAAGCAGAGAAUCCAGGACAGAGAGAAAGAUGUGAAGCUGCUUCAACAGCAGGUGGAGGCCAUCGAUCAUGCCGCCAAUAAAGCAGUGGAGGACAGCGAGAAGAUCUUCACCGAGCUGAUCCGUCUCCUGGAGAAAAGAAGCUCUGAUGUGAAGCAGCAGGUCAGAUCCCAGCAGAAAAGAGAAGAGAGUCGAGUCAGAGAGCUUCAGGAGAAGCUGGAGCAGGAGAUCACUGAGCUGAAGAGGGAAGACGCUGAGCUGAAGAAGCUCUCACACACAGAGGAUCUCAACCAGUUUCUACACAACUACCCCUCACUGUCACCUCUCAGCCAAUCAGCAUCCAGCAUCCAUAUCCGUCCUCUGAGCAGCUUUGAGGACGUGACAGCAGCCGUGUCAGAAGUCAGAGAUAAACUACAGGACGUCCUGAGAGAGAAGAGGACAAACGUCUCACUGACAGGGACUGAAGUGGAUGUUUUACUGCCACAACCAGAGCCCAAGACCAGAGCUGGAUUCUUAAAAUAUUCACGUGAAAUCACACUGGAUCCAAACACAGCACACAGACAUCUGUUAUUAUCUGAGGGGAACAGGAAAGCAACAUACAUGUUGCAACCACAGUUCUAUUCUAGUCACCCAGACAGAUUCACUGGAUGGUUUCAGGUCCUGAGUAGAGAGAGUCUGACUGGAUGUUGUUACUGGGAGGUGGAGAUUAGAGGUCACAUUUCUGUAGCAGUCGCAUACAAGAAUAUCAGCAGAGUAGGGGUGUUAAAUGAAUGUGAAUUUGGACUAAAUGAAAAAUCUUGGGCGUUCUAUUGUAUCAAAAACAAAUAUGCAUUAUGGUACAACAAAGUCCAAACUCCCAUCUCAGGUCCAUGGUCCUCCAGAGUAGGAGUGUACCUGGAUCACAGUGCAGGUAUUCUGUCCUUCUACAGCAUCUCUGAAACCAUGACUCUCCUCCACAGAGUCCAGACCACAUUCACUCAGCCGCUUUAUGCUGGACUUUAUGUUUAUGGGUCUGGAGUCUCUGCUGAGUUGUGUAAACUGAAAUAGACAGAAGUAAUUGAAGGGUUAAAUUCUGUCAUUCUGAGUCAUUUUUAUAUUUAAAAAAAGGAAAACUUCUCUAUAUUGCAGCUUGUUAAAUGAGAAUAUUUUCUGGUUCCUUCACUCCUCGAGGGUUUUUUCUGCAUUUCGAUGCUUUUUUAAAAAGCGUAAAGUCUUUCGUUGAUACUUUUUGAUACAUUUUCAAUGUUUUUUUUCAGUAUUUUUUUUUUAAGCUUCUUGACGCUUGCUUUGGACGCUUGCUUGCUAACCCUACACACACACACACACACACACACACACACAGCUGAGUUGUGUAAACUGAAAUAGACUGAUGUCACUUAAGGGUUAAAUUCUGUGUUUUAACUCUUCAACUUAUUUAGUCUCCAUGUUUGUUGCUGAGAGCUGAUUGUUGCAACAUUCAUUUGCUUUUCUAAACAUUUUUGUAAAUUAGUUUGAAAUUUGUUUUUGCUUGUGUUGACGUUUUAGAAGGAAUGAGAUAUUUUUGUUUGUUGAUGAAACCCAUUCGGGGAGCCCCAGCAGCUCUCAAUAUGCUCAGUUGAGAUCUGUUAUUUUACCUUUGAUUGUUGAAACAAGGACGACAUGUUGAAAAAAACUCUUUACCUAGAGGACAUAUUUUUCAAGCAACAUGUGCUCAGAGACAAAUAGAUCUUGGCCUAGGUGGAAAACCUACAGCCCUUUUCACCAAACUGCAAGGAGCAGAAGAGAGACAAAAUGGCCAGAGGGAGGGGCUACAGGAAGGUAUUCGCACCUCCAAGAAUUCUGAGCCUUCCCAUUCGUUUAGAGGGACCCUAAAAACAGCAUGGAGCCAGGUCUGGUGGCCUGAGCUAUAAAACUUCACGUCAUCCCCCACUUCUUGUCUUUGCCCUGUGACUUCGGUCACUACGUGGAAAAUCCGCUGGACAAACUUAACGGACUGCACACAGUAAGGAGGCUUAAGUUUCUGGGCAGAGGAAUAGUAUGUUUUAUUAAUGUCAGUAAGGCUAAUGCUGCCACUUGUUACGACAGUGUGAUUUUAGAUUAAUACUUGUGUUAUUGCUGCACGCUUGAUUUAUUAAUCUGAUCGGACCAUUGAGUCUAAUCUAUUUCUGUGAAUGCACUCUGAUCACGGUGCGUUGUUGAUAUGUUAAGAUCUGUAUUUUAAAGGGAAUACCACCUAAUGAGACUAUGUCACAGUUUGAUUAUUGGUCCCUGACGUUUCAGGGUGA